AGUAGAAACACGGGUUGAUUCCAAAAGGAACGGUGUAUACGAACAGGAUCAGUUUAUGUUUUAGUCGAGUCGAUUUAUUUUUCAAACUUUUGAGAUAGCACUUAAUAACUGGCUUCACAGGAAAGGUGUAAACGAUUUUCAAAUUUUAAAGCGAGAUGGCAAAAGGAGAGGGAGCAGAGCAGUACACCAAUACCAGCCUCUUACAAAAACCCAGCCCAGACGAAGUCAAAUUGGCGAAGCAUGAAACAAAGAGCCGGUUGUCGGUGUGCAGCAAGUUGUGUUAUGCCAUUGGAGGAGCACCAUAUCAGAUAACAGGAUGUGCAAUUGGCUUCUUCCUUCAGAUCUACUUGCUGGACGUUGCUUUGUUGGACCCAUUCUAUGCCUCCAUCAUCUUGUUUGUGGGUCGAGCAUGGGAUGCCGUCACAGACCCUACAGUGGGAUUUCUUGUCAGUCGGACUCCAUGGACAAGAUUUGGACGAAUGAUGCCUUGGAUUGUUUUGUCUACUCCAUUUGCUGUACUUUGCUAUUUCCUCAUCUGGUACGUGCCCUCUGUUGACCAAGGGAAAGUUGUCUGGUAUCUAAUCUUCUACUGCUGCUUCCAAACAUUACAGACAUGCUUCCACGUGCCCUACUCUGCUCUCACCAUGUUCAUCAGCACUGAACAGAAAGAGAGGGAUUCGGCUACAGCUUACCGAAUGACUGUUGAGGUUUUGGGCACACUCAUAGGCACUGCUAUUCAGGGUCAGAUUGUGGGAAUGGCCAAUGCUCCCUGUAUCAGCACUGAGAUUGACCUGAACUCCACGGGUUUGGAGGUGGCUCCUGACGUCAACAUCACUGACCCUCAUGUUUCACUGCAGGACCUGAGAAAUGCUUACAUGAUUGCAUCUGGUGUCAUCUGCGCGAUCUAUGUUGUCUGUGCUGUGGUCCUGUUCCUUGGUGUGAAAGAACAAAAGGACACAUGCAGGGUGAGGACUGAGCCCAUGUCAUUUUUCCAGGGUAUUUGCAUGGUAAUGGGUCACGGUCCUUAUGCCAAGCUGGUCAUGGGCUUCCUCUUCACCUCUCUGGCCUUUAUGCUUCUGGAAGGAAACUUUGCUUUGUUCUGCAUCUACAACCUGGGCUUCAGAAAUGACUUCCAAAAUGUCUUGCUCGUCAUUAUGCUCUCCGCCACACUUGCUAUCCCAUUUUGGCAAUGGUUCCUCACGAAAUUUGGCAAGAAAACCGCAGUGUAUAUUGGGACUACAUCUGUGGUGCCUUUCCUGAUCUCCGUAGUCUUGGUGCCAAGCAGUCUUGCUGUGACUUACAUUGCGUCGUUUGCUGCUGGAGUCAGUGUAGCAGCAGCUUUCCUCUUGCCAUGGUCCAUGCUUCCCGACGUUGUAGAUGAUUUUAAAGUCCAAAAUCCUGAAUCUCAAGGCCAUGAAGCCAUCUUCUACUCCUUCUAUGUGUUCUUCACCAAGUUUGCAUCUGGAGUUUCUUUGGGGGUCUCGACUCUUAGUCUUGAUUUCGCUGGCUAUGUGACGAGAGGUUGCACGCAACCCGGUGAAGUCAAGUUAACCUUGAAAAUCCUGGUGUCUGCUGCUCCCAUAGUCUUGAUCAUUAUCGGACUGCUAAUAUUCAUCUCUUAUCCCAUCAAUGAGGAAAAGCGACAAGGCAACCGCAAACUGCUUAAUGAACAAAGAGAAAACGAGAUGGAUUCAGAAACGGACUCCACUGAGCUCAAUGUGGUUUAAUACCACCAAAAACCCUGGACGGGACAUUGUGCCAUUUGAGUUGGACCAACAGAGCUGGAACAAACCAGAGCGAAUACUCUGAACCAACCAUGCCUUGUGGCUGAAAGCUUCCAGCAUCAUCACAAAUAUGGAUCAACUGGAAACGUAGCCUGUGCCAGCUCAAGCUCAAUGUGCCUUGCCAUUUUCAGUUGCAAGAACUAUUAUGGAGUCGGCUUGUAUGUGUUGCCAGGAUUUGUCCUGCUUACUGGUUAAAAACAAAAAAAGCCAGCUUUUGAAAAGCACACAUCUAUAUACUGCACUAAGAAAAUGACGAGGUGGGACAUAUCUACCUUUUAGAUGAGACUUGAAACAUUUACAAAGGUUUUUAGGUGCUAAAACCAAAAAUGCUUUUCAAUCUGAUUUGAAAAGUGCAUUUUGGAAGGAAUAUCUGUGAACUGUACACUACAAUGUUUGUAUGUAAUUUAAUAUUUAUAAAUGCUUUUGUGCUUCUAACUAAAUGAGCAAACUUGAAACCAUGACACCAAGUGGGGUUUGAUUACAUCAAACUGUAGUAUUGCACACAAAGUUACCACCUUUUUCUUCUUGUAUUACUUUCCUUUUCAUCUUCGUGGGGCGUACAGAGGGAUGUGCUGAGGGAAAAGUGUACAAAUUUGAUCCCUCAACACCUUCGAAUUAGAUCGAUCAAUAUCCACUAAAGUACUGCUGAGGCUUUAAAUUAGAUGAACGCCAUCAGAAUGUGUGGGCUAGAAAUGUACGAUUAUUCCUUCUGGUGAGAGGUGAAGAUUAUUUAAGUAUUUAUUACUUUUCUUUUAAAUCAUAUGUUGAUUUGAUUGUCUUUUUCUCUCAUCUUCCUUAAUUUAUCUUGUUUAAGGGCCUGUCACAUAAAAUAAGGGCAAUUAGGGUAGAGCUGUCACUGCUGAAUUAUAUCUAUUAUGCCAUUAAUUCCUAUGGAACAGCCAACCAGUGUGUUUACAGGUGACACUACUGUUUGUUUAGGUGUUAAAUGAAUUUGAUUUCUGGUCUGAUCGUUUUGAUUCACCGUCUAGUCUAGUGCUUUUAUUAUUGUAUAGUAUUAAUGUUGGUUCUCAGCCUGUAACUAAGUGUCAAAGAUCUGAAUGCCAAGUGUUCCCUACAAAUGUGUACGUGCUGUGAAAUAUGUACAUAAACCUGUUUUCAUUUUCUAUCUUUUGGGGGAAAAUGGAAUUAUUUGUAAAUAACAUUUGUGUAUAUACGAGUGUUGUAUGUUAUACAUAUGUACAUUUGAUGCACAUUGAACUCGCAUCGGUGCAGUUUUUUUGCAUGUUUCUGAUUAAUACUGUUUUCUAACAUGUCAGUUUUGUAUUGAUGCAGCAUCUGUGACAUUUCGAUUGCUCUCAUUAACCCCAGUUUGUGGUUCUCUGUCAAGAUUUCCGCAUUCUGAUAUCAAAAAUACAGUUAAUGUAAAUAAUAAAUGUGCUGAUGUUUGUACAAAGAUUUUAUAUAUAUAUUUUGGAUGGAAUCCUAAAUGUGUGUGUGCGUGUGUGUGUGUAGUUAUUUAAAAGAAACAAUGGAAAUAGUCGUUAAUAAAUGGUAAUUGAUAUUAA